UUACAACUGUGAAAGAAUAAGAAAGAUAAGUUAUCAAUCUUUAAAAUAUAAAAUAAUUUUUGAAAUAUUAAUUUGAAUAAUAAUAAAAAUUUUAAAAAUAAGAGAUAAAAUCAAAGAACAAAAAUAUAAGCUAAACGCAGGUACAAUUUUAACAUCAUAGAAUUAUAUAAAUAUUAAAUAGCGAUAUCUCUAUGAGGUCUAAUUACCUCAAUGUAAAAGAAAAAUUAAAUUUUAUCAUUGAUAUUUUAAUUAAUCUUUUAAUAUAUAUUUUAAUGUUUAUAAAUAUUAAAAUUGUUAAAAAAAAUUAAUAUGAUAUAAUAUAUUAUGUAUAUUACAAUAUUAAUGCAAUAUUAAGGAAUAUCAAUAUUAUAAAAUCUAAUUGCUUCGUUUUUGUUUUUAAAAUACAAUUUAGUAUUCGAUAAUUUUAUCAUUUUCAACUUCAUUGCAAACGAAUUAAAUAUUUUUUUAUACUUUUUAAAGAAUUUAAUUGUUUAUUUAAGAUAUAAAAAGAAAACGAUGGAUCCGCGAAGCAACAAACCUUAUGAUUUUGUAGCUAGUUAUAAAAAUUUAACCGAAGAAGUAGAAAAAGUAAGGCAUUUACGAAUGAAAUGGUAUCAGAAAUACGAAUGGUUAUUGGAUGAAAAACUAAAACUAAAGAAAGAAAUAGAGAAAUUAUGCGAAGAAAAGCAGAUAAUUAUCGCUGCAGAACCAUUCGUGUCAGAAGAGGGAAAAACAUGCCUACCAGUUCCAAUUACUACAAAUGGCGAGUAUGGUUGGCUUGUAAUAAAACCAAAAUUCCAAUUAGAAAAAUAUGGAACUUAUAUAUCACAGUAUCCUGAUCCUCUUAAGGAUGUAACGCCAUUAACCAAAAAUAUGCCUACUCUUGGUGCGGGUAUAGGAUACUUUUGGUAAAAUAUAGAAUUAAUAAAUGAAAUAAUGAAUUUCCUAA